ACGAUCCCCUGGGUGCCCCAGCUCCCCUACCUGGAGCGUCUCCCCGUCCCCAACACCUGGGCUUUUCUCUCUGACCCUCCCCCUCCCCCCCCAGUCAUCUACAUCUGCAGCUCCCCGGAUGCCUUCAGAGCCCUGAUGCUUCUGGCCCUGGAAGCUGGUCUCAGUGGGGAGGACUAUGCUUUCUUCCACCUGGAUCUCUUCGGGCAAAGCCUGCAAGGUGCACAGGGCCUUGGCUCCCGCAGGCCCUGGGAGCGCGGGGAUGGGCAGGAUGUCAGUGCCCACCGGGCCUUUCAGGCUGCCAAAAUCAUUACAUACAAAGAGCCAGAUAACCCUGAGUACGCGGAAUUCCUGCAGCAGCUGAAGCACUUGGCUCAUGAGCAGUUCAACUUCACCCUGGAGGACGGCCUGGUGAACACCAUCCCCGCGUCCUUCCACGACGGGCUCCUGCUCUUCGUCCAGGCAGCGACAGAGACCCUGGCCCACGGGGGAGCCGUCACCGAUGGGGAGGGCAUCACCCAGCGGAUGUGGAACCGGAGCUUCCAAGGUGUGACCGGACACCUGAAAAUCGACAGCAAUGGAGACCGAGAGACUGACUUCUCCCUCUGGGAUAUGGAUCCUGAGACCAGUGCCUUUCGGGUCGUCCUGAACUACAAUGGGACUUCCCAGGAGCUGGUGGCGGUGGCAGGGCGCACACUGCACUGGCCCCUAGGAUACCCGCCUCCUGACAUCCCCAAGUGCGGCUUUGACAACGAGGACCCUGCCUGCAACCAAGCCCACUUUUCCACCCUGGAGGUGCUGGCGCUGGUAGGCAGCCUCUCUCUGCUCAGCAUCCUGAUCGUCUCCAUCUUCAUAUACAGGAAGAUGCAGCUGGAGAAGGAACUGGCCUCAGAGCUAUGGCGGGUGCGUUGGGAGGACUUGCAGCCCAGUAGCCUGGAGAGGCACCUCCGGAGUGCGGGCAGCCGGCUGACCUUGAGUGGGAGAGGCUCCAAUUACGGCUCCCUCCUCACCACAGAGGGCCAGUUCCAGGUCUUUGCCAAGACGGUGUAUUAUAAGGGCAACCUCGUGGCUGUGAAAAGUGUGAACCGUAAACGCAUUGAGCUGACAAGAAAAGUCCUGUUUGAGCUGAAGCAUAUGCGGGAUAUACAGAAUGACCACCUGACCAGGUUUGUGGGUGCCUGCACCGAUCCCCCCAACAUCUGUAUCCUCACUGAGUACUGCCCCCGUGGAAGCUUGCAGGACAUUCUGGAAAAUGAGAGCAUCACCCUGGACUGGAUGUUCCGGUACUCUCUCACCAAUGACAUCGUCAAGGGCAUGCAGUUCCUGCACAGUGGGGCCAUCUGCUCCCACGGGAACCUCAAGUCAUCCAACUGUGUGGUAGACGGUCGAUUUGUGCUCAAGAUCACUGACUAUGGGCUCGAGAGCUUCAGGGACCCAGAGCCUGACCAAGGACACACCCUCUACGCCAAAAAGCUGUGGACAGCCCCCGAGCUCCUGCGAAUGGCCUCACCCCCCGUCCGGGGCUCCCAGGCCGGUGACAUCUACAGCUUUGGGAUCAUCCUUCAGGAGAUUGCCCUGAGAAGCGGCGUAUUCCACGUGGAAGGUUUGGACCUCAGCCCCAAAGAGAUCAUCGAGCGGGUGACUCGGGGUGAGCAGCCCCCGUUCCGGCCCUCCCUGGACCUGCAGAGUCACCUGGAGGAACUGGGGCACCUGAUGCAGAGGUGCUGGGCUGAAGACCCGCAGGAGCGGCCGCCCUUCCAGCAGAUCCGCACGAUGCUGAGAAAGUUUAACAGAGAGAACAGCAGCAACAUCCUGGACAACCUGCUGUCCCGCAUGGAGCAGUACGCCAACAACCUGGAGGAGCUGGUGGAGGAGCGGACCCAGGCCUACCUGGAGGAGAAGCGGAAGGCCGAGGCCCUGCUCUACCAGAUCCUGCCUCACUCAGUGGCUGAGCAGCUGAAGCGCGGCGAGACCGUGGAGGCCGAAGCCUUUGACAGCGUGACUAUCUACUUCAGUGACAUUGUGGGUUUCACAGCCCUGUCGGCCGAGAGCACACCCAUGCAGGUGGUGACCCUGCUCAAUGACCUGUACACUUGCUUCGAUGCCGUCAUAGACAACUUCGAUGUGUACAAGGUGGAGACGAUCGGCGACGCCUACAUGGUGGUGUCGGGGCUCCCGCUGCGCUUGCGCAUCGGCAUCCACACAGGACCCGUGUGUGCCGGUGUGGUGGGGUUGAAGAUGCCCCGUUACUGUCUCUUUGGGGACACAGUCAACACGGCCUCAAGAAUGGAGUCUAACGGAGAAGCCCUGAAGAUCCACCUGUCCUCAGAGACCAAGGCUGUCCUGGAGGAGUUCGGUGGUUUCGAGCUGGAGCUCCGAGGGGAUGUAGAAAUGAAGGGCAAAGGCAAAGUUCGGACCUACUGGCUGCUGGGGGAGCGGGGGAACAGCACCCGGGGCUGACCCGCCUUCCCUCCUGGCCUCCCACACCUCCCUUCCCUGCGCCAGAGGUGACAGCAAGGGUCCAGGCCUCACCCUCGCCCACCGCAGCCCCACAUCAAGAGAAGGGGUUUGAACAACUCAGGUGUGCUCACUGCAGUGGAGACCCCACAUACCACCUCUGAGAGGACUGGUGUCGGGGGAGAGAACUCGGAGCUCACAGAACCAGAACAAAGCCCACCGCCACGCCCAGAGGGACCCACACCCUUAUCCACCCUGACUGAGGCCAAGCUGGGGUGUGGGUUCCUGGAUCCUCCUGCCCCUCCUGUGCCCUCCUCCCUCCACCUGGCUACACUGUGACUUCUCUGGGGAAGGGGAAGAGCCAUCUUAGGGGGAAUAGCAGAAUAGCAAAAGGUUUUAGAGGUGAAUCUGGGGUGGGAGGGAGGGAGUCCACAACUGCCACAAACACCCCCUAUCUCCCACCACCCAACACUGGAUACAGUGUGCAGGCAAGAGGCAAGGUAUGGCGGGGCUGCCGGCCUGUAUGCCUUGCUUCUCAACUGGGAGUGGAGACCAUUAAAAUCGGUAUCCUAGUGAGAGUGUCUCUUCUUGAGGGAGAGGGUUGCCGGAAAACACAGCCACAUUCUCCACCCCCUGUCAGAUGAGACAUGCUUCUCAGGCUGGGAACAGCCUACGCAUUGCCCAGGCAGUGCAUGCAUCACUCUUGAUCCCAGGAACCAUUUCCACCCUAAGAGUUCUUGAGCUUUUGUUUCUGCGGGCUUAUCUAACUGACACGCUACUCUACUCUAAAUGAAAACAAGCCCUAUUAACUCAUUUAAAAUAACUAUAAUAAACCCAUCACAUGUUAGUAACUUU